AAUUUUAAGUAUUUAACCAAAACACGCAUUUGUACAUGUAUAAAUUAGCAUAAUAACCACAGUAAUAAUGGAAGAAUGUUUUUCCUAUAAAUGUUGCUUAUUCACCAAACCGGUUCAAAUACAAAUUAAAUAAGCAAAUAAUUACAUUGCAUAAAAUUCAUGAUACAUGACGGCGAGUAAAAUUUUCGAAUAAUCUCUAUAAAUAAUGUCAUAUUAUAAUGACAUUAGAAAUGUUUAACUAACGAGUUUUAAGAAAACUUAUAUCCCGGAACUCAAGUCUAAUCGAUUAUACAUUAACUGCGAUUCAUAAUUCAACAUUUAUAUAAUACGCAAGAUAUAAGCGUAAGAAAUAACAUUAACAAAUAACAAUCACAUUUGAUCUCUAUUGUGUAUGUAAUCAAUGUGCUGCUUGCAGCUUAGAAAUUGGCUAUGUAAUCGUAGUUUGAAAAUAUCUGCUUUUAUAAAAUUCUGUAUCUCUACACGAACAACUUCAACAUCAAGAAAUCGAUCCCCGGAAAAUCCUACAUGUUGCUAUGCUAGACAUAUAUAUUAUGCCUACAUUAUCUUCUUCAUUGGGAACUGCGUAGAAGACAUGCAGUUGUCUGUGAUCAUUGUGACCUAUGUCUACAACUCUGUGUUAAAGAAGUGCGUUAAAGUAUAAAAACUUUGCAGAAUGAUACUACGCCCAUUUCCAUAAUUCGUAAUUUACGCUAAACAUUUGCUUACAAGGACAAAUAAAGGAAAGUCAAGUUAGUUUUGUUCGUCUCGACGCAUCAAUAAUUUAACGAUGUAUAUACCAAGUAAGAUACUGUGGUGUUUCGUACUUCUACUUGUUGCUUCGUACUUGGUGUCUCACGAAAAUUCAACGAAAAUUCUCACCAAUUGCAAUAUAAAGCAGAGCCAUAAUUCGACGGUCCAACGACUGAUUGAACUUGUUAUAGACAACUAUAAGCUGAAAAAUCCUAAUGACGAAAUCAAUUCUACAUUGCUUAAUUUACCUGAAAAUUUUAUCAAUAACGAAAUACUAUAUGAGCCAUGUAUUAAUUCUACAAAGAACGAGACAAAGAAUGAAAAUUCGGAACCAUAUAAAUCUCGCAGACAUAUCAUGAAAGAUUAUGAAGAAAGGAAUCAAAGUUCUGUAAUAAAUCUCCCACCGAAUUUAAAAGAAUACGACUUCGUUGCAAAGAUUGAUGGUGGUUGCCUAAAAUUAUGUUGUCCUGAAAAAAAGUAUAUGUCGAUAAGCGGUCAGUGCAUUGAUAACGAUACUACUGUCAAUUACAAUAAUUUAAAUGAGGUUAAAAUGUUACUUCUUGAAUAUUAUCGUUACUAUUAUGGCAUAGAUUGUACGACGACUGUUGAUCCAUGCUUUAAAGAAGGAUUUGGCCGCCUUCGCAAUGUUCCUAUCAUCCAUGGACGUUUGCACAAAUCUUUCCACAAAUCUCUUUUACUAUCAGACUUCUGCUUGGCCAUAAUGUCUUCGGAUGUGUUUGGCGAUAACAGUAUUUAUAUGAUUGUUUGCACUGAUGAUGGUGACACUAAAUAUCCGGUAUAUCUAUCUGUGUGUCUCCUAGUGUCUUUGCCGUUCCUGCUGUUGACGUUCAUAGUAUAUACUGUAUUGCCACAAUUUCAGAACAUACAUGGCUAUACAUUACGUGCACACGUUGCCUCACUAUUUGUCACAUAUGUAUCUAUGUUUUGUGGUACAAGGAUUUCUAGAUUACAAGAAGACAAUAUGUAUUGCAUUAUAACAGCUUAUGUUUACCAUUUCUUUUUUUUAUCGAGUUUCUUCUGGAUAAAUGUAAUAUGCUUCGACAUUUGGUGGACAUUUAGAAAAAUCCGUUCAUGUCGAACAAAUAUAACACAUGCGAAAAACAAGUUUGUAAUAUAUUCGAUCUAUGCGUGGGGUGUCCCUUUGAUCUUUACCGCUUUUUGUGCCAUUGUGGAUCAUGGAUAUAUUGAGAUUGCAGAAUAUUGGAAACCUAAAAUAUGCGUAAACAAAUUUUGGUUCAGUACUACUCAGGCAAAAACGAUAUAUUUUUACGUACCCAUGGUUACUACUAUCAUCAGCAAUAGUUUCUUCUUUAUCUCUACAACUGUAUCAAUUAUUCAUCAGAAUAUGCGUACAUCCGUUCACUUGAGAAAUUUAGAUAAGAAGAGCUACAAUAAAAAUAAGCACAGGUUAAAAUUGUUCCUAAAGCUGUCCGUGAUGAUGAUUUAUGGUGGAAUAAUUUGGAUUAUAGAGGUGAUAGCAUGGACGAACACCGGUUUUUUACCGUCAUUCGUUUGGUAUCCUACAGAUAUAUUAAAUAGUUUUCAAGGUGUCAUUAUUUUUGUCGUAUUUGUAUGUAAAAAGAAGAUAAAGCAAUUGCUACUAAAACAAUUCGGCGGGCAGACAUGCGGUCCAUUUUGUAUAAUUCGAACGUACAAUGAUAGCACAAUGUCUAAUGUCACUUUUACAUCGACAACAGAGUCCUUGCAAGAAAUCGAUUCAUUUAAUCAACAGCCAAUCUUGCAAAAUCCUAAGAAUGUUUUGGCAAAAUGUAAGAAUACAGAAUACGAGCCAAAUGUUAUCGCAAUUACAAAAUUGUAGAAUUUUUAUGUUUAUUAUUUUUCUUCCUAAUAAACAACAAAAAAGUUUGGUUACAAAUACUCGAAUUUUAACUCUGAAACCAGUUGCAAAGAAGAAAUUCAUAGAAUCAAAAGAUUAUAAAAACGUUGCAUAAAUUUAAAAUUGAAUUAUUGCAAUAUUGUAUGGAAGUUGCAAAAUGUUGCUGCAAACUUGCGGCAACGUUGAAAUGUCCGUUCUUUAAAAUAGUAUUAACAAUUAAUAUUAUUAAUGAUAUAAAGCUACGGUAAUGUUACGGUGCGAAGUAUUUUACAAUGAAACACAUUGUGAAAAAAUAUGCAAAAUGCUUUAAAUUUAAUAAAUAAACUUUUAAAAAAGAUAUAAGAAAAAACUUGUUGUACAUAUUCUUUAUAAUCU